GCGUCUGCUAUUCGACACCGGCAGGAGAGCCACCAUCUUCAUUUGAGGAGCAGAUGGGUGAACAAGAGUCAGGGACAGGCAAUUCUGGAGGAGCUUCUUCUCAACAAGGUAGAACUAGAAAUGGUACUACAACUAAUGCAAGGUGGGGGGAAGACCUCGACGAAAAUGAACAGCCCCAUAGUUCUUCUUCCAGUGCCAGUCUUACUUCUCGUCUUCAGUGCAGCGAUACUAAUAAGGGAGGUACCAAAAAGGAAAAACAGCAUGCCACGAGUUCAACUAGGGGCCGCAAAAAAAGACACCAUCGUGUUUUCAUAG